AUGUUGAUUUCCCUUAGAAACAAAAUGGUUGCUUUUUAGUCGAACUUCGUAUAAACUACUUAACUAGAGAUCUAGAUCAAGUAGAUCAUUCAAAAAUCAAAUCCUGCAGAAUUACCAGCUAAUUCUAUACAAAUCACUUAGAUCUAUAUGUCCAUGCUAAUAAUAAGCUUAUAGUCUAAAUAAGGCAUUAUAACUUAUUGUAAGGUAAAAGCUAUAUUGUCUAUCCUCACAUUGAUUGGAACAAAACAUUUUUCCUGCCAUAAUGCCCACUGAACUGGUUCUUACGAUAGCCCCAGAGACUGACCAGGCUCCUAGGGCUACUACAUCCACAUCUACCAACACUUCAAUAAUUUGCCAUCAGAGACAAGGACUACGGCCAAAGUCCAGCCCUCUAGCUAGCAGACAGUCCACUUCAAUGCACUCUUCAACGAUCAAUCGACCUAAGACAGCCAUCGUUAUUCCAGGCAGAAGCGAGUGUGACAGACUUCACCAAUUGGAACACGAACCUACCAGACGACAUAAUUUUGAAAAUCAUCUCCCUUUGAAAAGAGCAAAACCACCUCCUUGGCAGAGGAUGCUAGAGUCUCCACUUGUGCCUUUUCAAACUGGACCAGGCUACAUACUUACAAGGAGUAAGUCCAAAUUCCAUGUCACCAUCAAGGAUGAGUUCUUUGACCAGACCUCCGAGGAUGCCAGAAAAAAAUCUUAUGCAGACCCAGAGAGAGACAGUCUGAUUGGUCAGCUCCAGCAACAGAUCUCUGACCUGACCUUGUAUCUGGAAGAGGAGAGACUUAACCACAAACAAACAAAACAGAAGGCUGAAGAGUUUCUUAAGGAUAGAUUAGAACAAGUCAAUUCAUUACACCAAGAACAAGUUCGUGACCUGGAGGCUGACCAUGAAGAUAAAAUGAAGAAAGAAAUCCAGAGAUUGAAUGACCAGCACAAGGAGGUUCAGACUACAUUAGAAAAACAGAUCAGCAAACUUGUCAAAGAAAUAGAGUUUCUGCAAGGCGCCUUUGAAUCUUACAAGAGCACCCUCCACUCUGAGUCAAUAGAUAAACUGAAAGCCAAAGAGGAUGAGCUGAGGCUGAAACUGGAAGAGGAGAAACAACAAGCUCUUCAUGACCUGAAAACUAAAUAUAUCCAAGAAAGAAACCAGGAAAGAACUCAAACUGCUAAAGAACACAAGAAAGCCAUUGAUGCCAUCAGACAAGAAAACAAAAAAGAAAUGGAUGGCUUGUUGAAAAGAUUUUCAAAUGCUGCUGCAGACUUGGAGAAACUGAAGAAAACUACAGCAGAGUUAGAGGAAACAAAAGCAGAGCUAGCAGAGGUCAAGGCCAGCUAUGAGUCAGCUUGUCAACAGUUGAACACAAAUGCAAGUUUAUUGACUGAUGCGAAAAUUCGUUUAAAUGAAUUUGAAGAAAGAUUCCAAGAGAAAGUUGCUUUGGUAGAUGACAAGUAUCGCCACAGACUGGAGGAGCUCCUGACUCAGAAUGCUGAACUCAAACGUAUGUUUGUACAAAAGUGUGAGGACCUGUACAAUGAGAAAACUCAGUCAGAACAAAGAACACAACAAAAACUCAAGUCAGCCAAAGAGGUUAUGGAGACUCUGAUCAAGUCAAAGCAGAGAGCCAAUGUCAGCGUCAUAUUGGGUGGACCUCCGUAUGUCAUCACAGAAAGAAAACACCGCCCAUCAAGUGCCCCAGGUACAAAGUGGGAAACACAGACAGCACACCUAGGAGCGGGUAACUUGGUGUCAAAGACAAGGCAUCAUGAGUUUGUUUCCCCUGAUAUUGUCAUGGAAAUGAAUCCUGAGACAGAAGUUCUAAGGGCAGAGUUAUUUUCAUCACCACAAAAUGUUAGUAGAUGAAAUGUAGACAAAAUAUCAAAUUAAUGUUAUUGAUUAAUAUGGAAAAUAUUAUGUUAGACCAGCGGUUCUCAACCUUUAAGCUCGGCGACCCCUUUUUACAAUCCCCCACUCUGCCGUGACCCACUCCCACACACACACAUACGGCAAUAGAGGAAUAGACAAUACCAAUCCAUUUUUUCAAUGGUCUUAGGCGACCCCUGGCAAAUGGUCAAUAGACCCCCAAGGGGGUCACGACUCACAGGUUGAGAACCCCUGUGUUAGACACAUUUCUGUUGAUGUAAAUAGGAACAACAUGAUAGACGAGAACUUAUAUAUAUAUAUAUAUUUAUUUAUUUAUUGUAUAGCACUUUAUGAUAAUACUUCUUUUCAUGAUCAUACACUUUGCUGAAACUUUUCUCCUAACGGUAAGUGUGAAGAUUGGGUUCACCCCAAAUCAGUGAAGUUUAUUUAAUGAGAAAGUUUUAGAUCAUGUGAAGUGGGUUUUUUUUUAAGUCACAACUAAAUGGGAUGAUCUUUGGCUAACUUUCAUUAAGUCUGGGGUGAUCAUUAAAAAAGAGUGUUUCUCUUCCCACUACAAGAACAUGACCAAUUGUAUUUUCUUCUCCAACAUGUAUGGUAUUAAUUGGAGUUGGUGUGUGUGUGGGGGGCAUCCUAAAUUUCCCAAUAUUCAAAGGACCCCUUGGUUGGGGAUAAGUACAUAGCGAGCCUGUAUGCUGUAUAGAAAUGUUUUGCACCAUUUGUGACUGGGUUUUUUUUUUUUGUUUUUUUUUUAGGCAUGUUUGUAUUGGUUAUAUGAGGCUAAAUGAUUUUAUUUGAAUUUUAAAAUGCGAAAUUACUUUCAUCCUAUGGUAACAUCCUAUGUUAACUAUUGUUUGUGAUAUUAUUUAGUAUAUUAUUCUUUAGUAUCUCGGUGAAACAUGUUACUGUCUAUAAUAAACUUUGCUGACUGCAUGUAUCAAUUAUCUCCCCUCCCUCAGUCAAUGUUUUCAGGAAGAUUUCCAAUGUCACACUUGCCACAUAAAAUUUUAGCAUUGUAUUUAUUUCAUACAAAUGUAUAGAUGUUUUUCUACUGCUCACAUACAAACAUUGCAGUUCAGUGUGCAUCCAUUUUUAUUUUUUUUUUACAAUAGACAUGAAUUAUCAUUAUUAUUUUUAUUAUUAUUGCUAUUGUAUACAUAUGUAUGUAUGUUUACAUCCAAUUUCUUUUGUGGAUAUUUAGUAGUAGAAUAUAUGUAGUAGAAUAGGUAUCUAAGAGAAGUUUUCCCUGCUUCUUUUCAUAAAGACAUUCCACAAACACAAUUCAGCUCAAGUCUAAUCUUAAAUUUAAAAUUUCUUACUCUACAUUGGGAUUCGAACUCAAGCCUCGUCAGAGCGUGAAAAGGUUUUGACAAACAUACAAAAAUAUUUUAUGAAUAUUAUUCCUUUUUUUUUUUUUUUAUUACUGUUCUGAUGACUGUACUGAUGACUGUACUGAUGACUGUAAUGAUAACUGUACAGUGUCUAAGUAUAUAGCAGAAUACACUUCAAAUUGUUGUCACAGUGGUUUUGAGUUUGAACUCUGCCAGCUUCCCUCCCCUGUCACCCUGCUGUAGGUUUGAACCAGGUGCUAGGUAAUCUUUAUUUCUGAAGGAAAUAAACUUAUAACUGAAUGGAACUAACAAAACAAACAAAAUGUUUAUCAUGAAUUUAUAGAGAAUGUUUUGUUUCUAAGUAAGAGAAUGUCUAUUAUGUUUAUUCAUGUUAUUUUAAUUGAAUUUAAUUGUCAAUAUUUGUUGUUGUGGAUGUAGGACACCAAUAAAAGUGUCUAGAAACUGAAGUCUGUGCUAGCUGGUGAACUUAAUAGAUAAUGUUAUAUGUAAUAAAUGAAUAGAAAUAUAAUCGUUGUUGCUUUUUUCUUGUUAGUAUUUCCUAGACACAUCUCAGCAGCUCUCAGCCUGAGCUAUAUGUGUACUUCAGGGCUCCUAGUUAGCCACUUGGGGAAAGUGUGCUUAAAAUUGGGUGAUCUUAGACUAUCUCAUAAAUACACUUUAGUAACCUACACUACAGGCCUAUAUAAAUACCAAAAUAAUGUUUACUAUUAUUUACCCACAUAAAAUCGUGUGAAGAUCCAACUUUUUAAACAAUUCCUACACCUAACACUUUCUUUGUAGAAACCAAAUGUUCAGGCGAAAGUGCCACUUCCAGAACAAAUACUUGGAGAAUUGUGUUGUCUAGGAAAUGAUAGUGAACAUUUUGUGGUUUUAGUAAUAUGUUUAAAAGCAGCUGAAAGAUAAGCCAGAAGAUGGGGAAUAAAAAACGUAAAUAAAUUAAAAACAUAAUAAAAGCUUUACAUGAUGUAUUAAACUUUAUAUAGGCAUAAGAUAUGUAGAUGCAGGAACCAGCUUGAACCCUGACAUUGCUGAUGCCCAACUGAGUGAGACAGAUCAAUCGUCACAGAUGGUCUGAACACUGACCAGCAGGGUGGCAUCUUGUGGGCAUUAGAGACCAAUAACUCGUAAGACUAUAACUGAAAGAUGUACAGGUUUCAGGGUACAUCCUUUUCUUUAUAUCACGGAGUACGCUAUAUUCGUUUUAUACAAAUACAAGACAAUACAAGACACCGAUCACAUAGAGACACAAUGUAGAUACAAGACACCGAUUACAGACACAAUGGAGAUACAAGACACCGAUUACAGACACAAUGGAGAUACAAGACACCGAUUACAGACACAAUGGAGAUACAAGACACCGAUUACAUAGAGACACAAUGGAGAUACAGAACACCGAUUACAGACACAAUGGAGAUACAAGACACCGAUUACAUAGAGACACAAUGGAGAUACAAGACACCGAUUACAGACACAAUGGAGAUACAGGACACCGAUUACAGACACAAUGGAGAUACAAGACACCGAAUACAUAGAGACACAAUGGAGAUACAGAACACCGAUUACAGACACAAUGGAGAUACAGGACACCGAUUACAGACACAAUGGAGAUACAAGACACCGAUUACAGACACAAUGGAGAUACAAGACACCGAUUACAUAGAGACACAAUGGAGAUACAGGACACCGAUUACAGACACAAUGGAGAUACAAGACACCGAUUACAUAGAGACACAAUGGAGAUACAGGACACCGAUUACAGACACAAUGGAGAUACAAGACACCGAUUACAGACACAAUGGAGAUACAAGACACCGAUUACAGACAAAAUGGAGAUACAGGACACCGAUUACAGACACAAUGGAGAUACAAGACACCGAUUACAUAGAGACACAAUGGAGA